CUUGUUGCAGAAACAAGAGAGUGCAUUCGAAAAGUUCAACGGCAACAGGAUUGCUACAGUUUUAUUCUAUAUGUCGGACGUGGCGCAGGGCGGCGCGACGGUGUUCACGGAGCUGGGGCUGAGCGUGUUCCCGGUGCGCGGCGCGGCCGUGUUCUGGCUCAACCUGCACCCGUCCGGCGAGGGCGACCUGGCCACGCGCCAUGCCGCCUGCCCGGUGCUGCGCGGCUCCAAGUGGGUAUGCAACAAAUGGAUUCAUCAAGGUGGUCAAGAAUUUAUUAAGCCGUGCAACUUAGAGUAUCAGACAGAAGGCAUGCGACGCAAAAUCCCGAAACCAGUGCCUAAAUCGUCUAGAUAGGUGAACAUUUUACACGUUUUAAAGAAACUGUUAUUAAAGAAAAAACUAUGAAGUGAACGCGUCAAGGGUUUAUAGAAAAUUAGGGCUUUACUCACGGUAUCCUUUUUACUAUAUAUUUAAUACCUUAUUCCCAGUGCGAUGAUGAAUUAGAUAUUUAAUUGUCAUAUUGAAAUUCCUAGUUGUAGCAGUUUAAAUAUUCGAAAAUUUCUUGCCCUAUAAUGUAUAUGUUAUAGAUUUUUAAACAAAGCUACAAAACCAAUAUAACAAUGCGAGGCUUGAUUUAUCUGUGUUUUGUUUUAAGUUCUAGAGAAUCUAAUAAUAUAUUUUAAAUAUAGCUAAUAUAUGGCCAUCUUGCGCAUUUAUUUACUCGGUUACGAUUGCACUAUUGUAUCGAAUCUUGCACUUGUGACGUGUUACUAUUUUUUUCUAAUGAAAUGAAUUAGGUAUAUGAACUGUAUUAUAUCAUUAUAUAUUCUUAAAUGCCAAUCGGUCUUAAUCAUAAUAUUGUAAUUAUUGAAAGAUGGCUUUUCCUUUUUUAGGGUAGUAGUCAUUGUCAGUCCUUUUAUAAUAUAUACUAUAUACGUAAGUAAGAGCUAAUGAACAUUUAUAUUAUAAGUAAGUAAUUAAAUAGAAACGCUGAAUGUGUUGUUUAUAUCAAACAUUGAAACGCAUUCGUUCGUGUUAACAAGUCAAUAAAUUGUUCAAUGUUUUUAAUU